AUUGAAGACUCUCUACUACUUCUCUUCCAGGAAUCACUCCAAAUUUGGCAACCUAGUAAUCACAGUGACUUCAGCUGCCCCAUCUGUCUCCAGACAGUUACCCUCCCAGUAGAAACCAACUGUGGACAUUUAUUCUGUGGUUCCUGUCUGAUCACAUACUGGAAGCACAGUCCUUGGUUAACAGCAAUAACCUGCCCUCUCUGCAGACAAAAGGUGGUUCUUCUGGAUAAUGUCUCAUGUGACAAGCGACAAGAUGAGCCAAGUAAACAAAUUGUACAUGACAUUAGAGACUACAACAAGCGUUUCUCGGGGCAACCUCGACCCUUUGCAGAUUACCUUUAUGAAAUGCCGUUACUCCUGACUCUUGCCUUGCGAGGAAUCUUCACCUGGGGGGGUCUCAUAUGGAUUUUUUUCCUAAGAGUUGCUGUUUGCUCCUUCGGAACAAUCAUAUGCUUCUCUUCUCCACUUGACACGAAGCCUGGGCCUCUCUGUAGGACACUUGGAACAGCUGAUGACAUGGUGGUUGUUUCCCUUCUUUUAAUUUGCAUGAUAAACAUCUGUCAGCAAAUUGCAUCUAACAGGGUAAAUAUGGCAAGGUCUGCAGCUCAGAGCACACUGUCAGAGCCCUGACUGACUUAAACUUGGAUUCCUUGGUCAAACCUCAUCAAGCAAGGACAAGCUUCGCUUUGAUUUGAGGCAGCCUAUGAUGGAUUUGUCAUUCUGCUGCUGACAAAGGCUGAAGCAGGACCUGGCAAUACCUGCAUGGCCAAGCGAUUCGAUGCGCAGGUGCUCAGACAGCUACUUUUACACUGUGUACUCGCUAGGCUCUUUCACGCUGCUUUUUUUUUGAAACUUCUCUUCAUACAAAGUGUCUGAAUUGAAAAUGCCUAAAGCUACAAACAGAACUUAAAAUUACAAUGCCAGUCAACUUGCAGUUGAAGAGUUUUA